AUGGCUGAUAAUAAAUUAUUACCAAAAUUAUCACAAAAUUUAAUCGAAAUAUUAAACGAUGAAGAAUAUUAUGAUAUUACUAUUGAAGUUGGUAAUGACCCAUUCAUAAAAAUAUUUCGUGCUCAUAUGGUUAUAUUACAUUAUCGUUCUCCUUACUUGCGAAGAAUUUUGUCAACUAAUAAAAAGAAAAAUGAUGGAACUUUGGUACAUAUUAAAUUACCAAAUAUUUCUCCUGAAAUUUUUCAAAUAAUUUUAAGGUAUAUUUAUGGUGGAAACCUUUCUUUAAAUGAAUAUGAUAAUUCAG